GUUUUAAAAGACAAGUCUAAAAAGCCAAAGAAUUUUGUCAGAAGGAGAUGUUUGGAUUAAACGAGAAGCUGACAUUUGUGGCAGCAGCGGCUCUGGUUUUCUUGUCAGGAGUGAGGUCAUCUCCGGUGGUGGGGCCAGAGCCCAUCCGCUGUGCUCCCUGCACUCAACAGAACCUGAACGACUGCCCUCCCAUCCCAACAGACUGCAAGCAGGUCAUGAGGGAGCCCGGCUGUGGCUGCUGCAUGGCCUGUGCGCUUGAGGAAGGGGCUUCUUGUGGAGUUCACACAGCCCACUGUGCUGAGGGUCUCCGCUGCACUCCCAGGCCUGGUGAAGCCAGACCACUGCAUGCUCUGACCAGAGGACAGGGGGUCUGCACUGAAGAUCUAGGCCAAGAGGAGGCUGAUGGAGUCCCUGAUCAUGUCUCCUUGCAACACCUUCUGGGCCUUAACCUUCCCUUUGAUCACCAAGAUUUUGCUGAGGGCCAGGAGAGUCUCAAAGCUAAGGUCAAUGCCAUACGCAACAAACUGGUGCAACAGGGUCCGUGUCACACUGAGCUACAUGAAGCACUGGACACGAUAGCUAUCUCUCAGCAGAGAUUAGGAGAAAAGUUCACAACUUUCUACCUCCCCAACUGUGAUAAGCAUGGCUUCUACAAGGCCAAGCAGUGUGAAUCAUCUCUCAUUGGACCGCCAGCUCGCUGCUGGUGUGUCUCUUCUUGGAAUGGGAAGAAGCUCCCAGGAUCGAGUGACUUGCUCAGGGACUCAGAGUGCCAUCAGGAAGUUGCUCACUGAAGGAAAGACUGUUGUCACUCAUAAACCAACUUUCACACACACAAAGAUUUAUAGGCACGGGAGGUCACAUUCUGUAAGUUGAGGUAAAUUUACCCUCAGCCGCCGGAUGAACUGGCUUUCUUUUGCAAAAAUGAAAAUGUGAAGACUUAUUCCAGUGGAGGGAAAUUUCCUCACAUCUUAUUUACAUGAUGUACAUAUGAUCAUCUUAUUUAUUCACUGCCUGUAUAUUCGUGCAAGCAUUAACCAUUUGUCAUUUUUAGCUCUUUUAUAUGUUUGCCUGUUUUUUUUUUCUCUUUUCAGUUGUAAAUAUAGGGUGACACUGUAUACAUUUGUGUUUCUGACUAAAUAACUCCAUUGCUCAAAACCACAAGUCCAUUACGGUGCCAAGCCCAUUUCAGAGUCUUCAGGAUAAUUUUUUCUUCUUUUUAAUUCAUUCAUAACUAGAGCUGUGCAUGGAAGGAAACAACACAGCAGCUCAUUCAUUCAUUCUGUUGACAUUGUCUGAAUGUAUCUCCAUUGGCGUUUCCUCAAUGGGUAUUGGGUGAAAUACUUAAAGUGCCACAAGUAUGUGCAUGGUGGCCUAGCACAAACAUAUCAGUGCUCUUCCAAGCCGCACUGAGGUUUGGGAUGGGUUCAUCAUUCGUCUACCUCUGCUGGUCUCUGCAGAUCCACAGGUUGAGCAGAGGAUUUCUGAGGCCUCUUCUUAGCUACAUCUUCUCACAUUAGGGACUUUAUUUGACCUAUUCUUUAUGUGACUACCUACUCUAGUAUUUAUUAUCAGUCACUUGUGUUUAAGGUUUUGUUUGUUGAUGUAGCCACGUACAGGAGAUCCAGUUUCAAUUGAAUGGUAAUGGCCCUGGACUGCUGCUUUCCCAUUAUUGGGUUUAUUGUAUAAACUUAAUAUAUUUUAUUGUAUAUACU